AUGUACGCUCAACUCAUGAAUUAUGACAGGGGAAACGAGAGAUGCGAGUUCCCGCCUUGUUCCUGGUCCUAUGUCGACUCGGAAGGGCAACCACGACACAUUGUCUACGUCUAUGGAACUAGUUUCAAAAACGGCAACGAGCUUCCUGCGGCUGGAUGUGGAGUCAGUUUUGGCAAGAUUGCCGAAAACAAUCUCUCCUACGGCCUGGAAGACGACAUGAAUCCGGAGCAGGCCCUGAGAGAAGUGCAGGAUACUCUACAGGCUGAGUCUGCGGGUCUGUACCUCGCCUUUUCAGAAAUCUUGCUCAGAAGAACUGAUGGCAACAAGUACGAGAUUAGAACCAACUCCCACAAGUCCCUGGAGCUGCUGGAAACGUGGAAAAAGCUGACGUGGGAAAACUACAUCAUGGACAGCUGGAAUGGCAACAAGGCCGCCGACUUUACAGUGAGGGCUCUGCAGGUAGAAGACCAGCUACCGAAUGGAGCUGUUACUCUAAAGGUGAUUGAUCCAAAGGUGGACGAAGAAGGAAUCGACUCUGCUUUCAAUCUGGCCUGGGAUGGGAUUGAUGAGUGUCUUAAUCGGAGAAGAUCGAGACAGACAAAUAAGGAGUGGAGAGACAAGUUCAUUGAAGAAACUGUUGAGGAGAAGACAUUGUGGGGUGACGUGUAG